GGAAACAACUGUAAGAUGGCACGAUUAACAAGCAAAGAGAAGACUGCUCGUUAUAGACAGAAAGUCAACUCCGACCCUGCAGCAAGAGCAGAGUAUCUUGCAAGGAAAAGAGAGAGGUAAAGAAAAAAGAGCUUCUGUAGCAGUGAGCUAGAGUCACUAGAGCUACAGAAAGUAGGAGACCAGGGUAGAUAAAAUAAACAGUUUAGACUGUAUGCGACAAUGAGCUAUUAAACAUUGGUCACCGAAACAGCUGUUCUCUAAAGAGAGUAGGUUCAGGAUAAGGAGGAAAGAGCACAGGUGUAGAAUGUUUAUCUUGUUGUUGAUGAACAACUCUGUACACUAUUGUUUCAGCUACCAAAAAAGAAAGCAUGAGGGGAAGAAUCCAAAUGUGAAGUCAGAUGAGUUAUCAGAAAGGGAGAGGAAUAAUCUGAGAAACAAGUGGAAGGCUGCAUCCAGAAGAUACAGGGAGAGAAGAAAGAUGGAGAAGGCAAUGUUGGACCUGACACCUCAAUCCAUAGAGAACACUCUGCCAGAUCCAGCAGGUGUAGAAGGAGUGGAGGGGCAGCAAGAGAGUCCAGGGGGGUGUGUGGUGGUGGAUGCUCCACCUCAAAAUGAGGACUUCCAUCCACAGAUGUCCUCCACACCAGAGAGAAAAGACAGAGAAAAGAAAGCUGAGAAACAUUGUAAACGACUGCAGGCUGAGAAACAUGAAUUAAGAAAGCUAAACAUAAAUCUGAGGAAACAACUUGCAAAGAUGAGAAAAGAAAAGGAAAGGGCCAGAAAAGGUGAGACGAGGGCAAAAGAACGGUUAAGCCACAGUGAGAGGCUCAAGCCAAAAGGGGGGAAGAAACUGGCAAAAGAGAGAAAGCUGGCUGUUGUUAGUUUUCUGACUAGAGAUGAGAAUAGUCGACUUUUACCAGGGAAAAAAGAUACCAUCACAAAAAACAAAAUAAAAGAACAGCGAAGAAUUCUCACAAAGCCACUCACAGAGCUCCAUGGGCUGUACAAUAGUGAAAUGAAGAAGAGCCUCCACCUAUCUUACAGGCAGUUUGCUAGAAGACGCCCCUUCUAUGUCACUGAGCCAAAAGCCAAGGAUCGGGACACAUGUGCAUGCAUGGACCACGAAAAUGUCCACCUGCUGGCCAACAAGCUCUACAGCAGAGGGCUGUUGAAAACAAAAAGCAUUUCUGAGCUGCUGGUUAUGAUAGUGUGUGAUCCAAAAAAUAAGGACUGUAUGGACCGUGUUUGUGCCAAGUGCUGCUUUGAGGAGGUAGAAUUCCCUGAGACAGAGAGCAGCUCAGAAGUCACCUGGGAGCAGUGGAAGAGGGUAACUUCCACAAAUGGAGAGAGAAUGUUUGGCAACAUGGUGAAACAGAUCUAUAGUGGAACCAUCAAGGACUUGAUGGAGCUUUUCUCUCAGAAGUUAGAGUCCUUGGCGAUACAUCAGUUUAACUGGCUGCACCAGGCAGAGCAGUUCCGCUACCUUAAACAAAACAUCACAGGGUGUGAAGCUGUUCUGCAUGUUGACUUCUCAGAGAAUUAUGCAUGUAAGCUGAACACAGAGGUUCAGGCAUUUCACUUUGGAGGUAGCAGACAGCAAUCGACUAUCCACACAGCAGUCCUGUACACUGUGCAUGGAACAAAGUCCUAUGCAACACUCUCUGACAGCCUGCGCCAUGACGAGCGGGCGGUGUGGGCACAUCUAGAGCCCAUCUUAGGAGAGCUUCGUGAAACCUUCCCACAGAUCACAACCCUCCACAUUCAGACUGAUGGGCCGGUUACACAGUACCGGAAUAAAAACAACUUCUACCUCCUCAGUACUGUCCCUUUCCUUUCUGGGUUCACUAAGGUGACCUGGAAUUAUUCAGAAAAGUCUCAUGGGAAAGGGGCCCCAGAUGGGAUUGGUGGGGCAAUAAAAAGAGAAGCAGAUCGCUUUGUCCAAAGAGGUGGUGAACUUCAGACACCACAGCAACUCUAUGAGAUGCUGAACACAAGAUUAGGCUCAAGCAUCAAACACUAUUGGGUAAACAGAGAAAGCAUUGAAAAGUGUGAUGAGCUAAUUCCUGACAACUUGGAGGCUGUGAAGGGCACCUUUAAAAUACACCAGGUUUGGUCUACCCAGCCUUCACAGAUCACUCACAGGACUGUGUCAUGCUUCUGUAGGAAAACAGAGAGUCCAUGCCCUUGUUACAAGCCCGUAACAGUAGACCUGAGAGUGAGACGCACUGUGUGCAACACUGAGAAUCCCCCAAGCGCUCCUCCUCAACCACCUAGGGAACAAGAAAAUCUAGAUCUUUGUGGCAAGUUUGUUAUUGUCAUUUAUGAUGAAAAGCCUUAUGUUGGCCAAGUGCUUGAGGUUGUGGGAGAAGAAGUGCAGGUCAAUUGUAUGCUACAAUCUGGUGACAAAAACCUCUUCAUGUGGCCACAAACUGUAGAUUUAAUUUUCUACUACAGAAAAGAUGUGCAUGCUGUGAUCUCAGAGCCUGAGCCAGCAACAUCACGCUUCUCAAAACUGACUCUCCAAGAUUGGGUGAAGUUCAGAAAUACCUCAGCUUAGAUAAAUGCAAGUCGUGUUCAUCACUGCCUUAUGUGGCUAAAUGGGUCCAGAAAAAGAAACUUAUUAUUUGUGAUAUUUGAAUGUUGAAAGGUUAAUUGAGAUGCAAGUAGUGUUCAUCCCUGUCCAAUGAAUCAAAAAGGUUCCAUAAAAGAGAUUCUAUACUCAGCUUCUUAAGUUCUUGAAGCAUUUAAUGUGUGUUGCAAUAAAAAUUAUAUAAUUUUAAAUGUU